GCAUGCCAGCCAGGCUCUCCCGCUGAGCCAGGGCCCCGAUCCCUCUGGGAGCCGGGUCUGUGGGUGGAAACAGUGACAGAGGCCGGGUGAAUUGUACAGGUCUCUCUCUCUCCAGCUCAGGAGGAAGUGGCUGUGUUCAUUUUCUAUCCAGAGGGGGGAGCGUCCGUGGGGUGGGGUGUUGGGCCUGUGGCUGCCUCCCACCCCAAGAGGCUUGCGGCCGCGGUGGGGUUUUUUGCUCCCGUACGGGGCCAGCCUGGGGGCGGCCUUGCUUUGCACCCCAGCGGGGGUCCCGGGGCUGGAGAGCGGCUCCCCCCAGUGGGGGCCUCGCCUUCCUCCGGCUGCUGUGGGAGGGGGUCACCUAGUCACGGCCGCCCUUCCUCUUCGCAGCCCGGGCAGGAUCUUGCCCCAGGGGCCAGGCAGGAGGAGACCCUGCCCGGCCAGUCUCGCUGCCAGGGAGGGAGUGGGCUAGGAGGCAGGCAGUGCGGCUCUUCCCAGAGCGGCCCUCCCCCUUCUAGCGCUCACACACGCAGGCGCCCCUUCCAGGGCCAACCGUGGCCGGGGAGGGGGGCAUCCCUGCCUGCCUGCCUGCUGCUGCUGCUGCCUCAAGAAGUCCGACUCUCCUCCCUCCUCGCUUCGCGGAGCUGCACUCGCGCAGGCAGCGGCGGCCAACCCCCCGCCCCAUGAGGGCACCGGCUUCUCCCCCUCGCGGCCAGACCCCGCCGGGCUGCUUUGGUGGGGGGCGGAGCGGGGGGGCACGGCCCCACCGCCCCUCCCCCUCGUCACAUGACCCAGACGGGCAACAUGGCGCAGGCCUAGGCGGCUUCAGCCUUGCAGGAGGCGGAGGAGGGUCCGCGGCGGCGGGCGGGAGCGCAAAGGAGGCGCAGCCGGAGCAGCCCGGGCCGGUGAGCAACAGCCGCAGCCGGGCGCGGGGCGCAGCGCGAUCCAGCCCCCAGCAGUGAUUCCCGGUGGGGGCCCCCAGCAUCGCCAUGGUGAAGAUCUUUGUGGGGGGGCUGUCUCCGGUGGUCACCGCCGAGGAGCUGCGGAAGCUCUUUGAGCAGUACGGGCAGGUGAACGAGUGCGACAUCCUGAAGAACUUUGCCUUUGUCCACAUGGAGAAGGAGGACGAGGCCCACCAGGCCAUCAGCGCCCUCCACAAGAGCGAGUUCUACGGGGCCCACCUGACGGUGGAGUAUGCCACCUCCAAGAUCCGCAACGCCACCAAGAUCUACGUGGGCAACGUCUCCGCCAAGGCCACCACCUCCCAGGUUCGGCAGCUCUUUGAGCGGUUCGGCAAGGUGGUGGAGUGCGACAUCGUCAAGAACUACGCUUUCGUCCACAUGGCCAAGGAGCGGGAGGCCAUGGAUGCCAUCCUCCACCUCAACGACACCCCGCUGGAGGACCAGAAGAUCUUCGUCACCCUCUCCAAGAGCAACAGCUCCCUCCGGGCUGCCAAAGCCGCCGCUGCUGCUGCCGCUGCCGCCACUGUGCCCACCCCGGCCCCCAGCUACUACUUCUCCAGGGGGCGGGUCCCCCCUCCGGCCCCCACCUACAGCCCCUAUUGCCCCAGGGCGUGGUACGACAGGGAAUAUUGCGGCCGCUACUCCUACGAGCUCUACGACCGGGCCCGAGCGGCCUACGACCGGGCCUUGCCGCCCCCACCCCCCCCGCCCCCGGCUGCCUACAGGGAACGGAGCCCCAUGGGCAGGCGGACCGCCACGUCCACCGCUGUCGUGGCCCAGUACCCUGACCCGUACACGGCGGCAGCGGCAGCGGCCGCUGCGGCUGCCACUGCCGCUGCCAACCAGACGUACAGCCAAGCCUACAGCCAGCCUGGGUACGCGGCCGCCGCGGCUGCAGCCGCCACCUACUCCCAGUACAGCAUAGGCACCGCCUACAACGUGGCGGAGUACUACGAGCGCUACGCCAGCGCCUAUGCGGCCCAGUACGCCCAGACGUUCUGAGCCCGGUGGGUGCGCCAGCCAGUCGUAAGUGGGGCUCGGGUGGUGGCUUGCCGGGCGGGGCGACGGGCUCCAUGAGUGCUGGAGGAGGAGCUGGCAUGAGGGUCCCGGGGCAGGAGUGCUUCAGCCACCCAGUGCAGCUCCGCUUGGGCCUGCGGAUGGAGAGCAGGGAGAGGUGCAUGGAUCCCGAGCUGCAGCGACUGUGUGUGUGUGUGUGUGUGUGUGUGUGUGUGUGUGUGUGUGUGCGCGCGCGCGCGCGCAUGUGUGUGUGGCCGCCCAGUGUGUCCCUGUAAUCUGUGCCCCUCUGUGGUGUAGGUUUCUUUGCAGGCUCCAGCGUGUGUGCUUGUGCGAGGCCGCGCCAGAGUGGUGGCUGCGAAGCCCCCUCGGGGAGCACCCUCGACGCGGCGCUGACCUUUUGCUCCAAACCUCCAUCCCAGGUUGGUGAUGCUGCAUUUUGGUUCUGCCCUCCUCCUUCCCCCCUCUCCCCUCUUUCCUGUUUGGUUUGGUUUCCAUCCGGUCGCCCCGUAAACCCGCCUUCGGAGAGCGGCCGCUGCCUCACCGACCCGUGAUGAGCUGAAGAUCCGUUGCUCGUCGACCCGCGCCCGGUUGGUGUGGGGCUCCUUUCCGGACUCUUUCCUCCGGCCCCACAGCCGCGGGGGUUUGCCGCCUCUCUGCCCCCUCUGCCGGCGCGUUCCUUGCUUGCUCCUCCUCCGUGCCGCACACGAAGCUCCGAGUCCUGCGGGCCGCCCGGAACGACGCCAGGAGCUCCGUAGCCGGGGAAGCUUCUUUUGCUUUGCUGUCUUCCUGGGGACACCUUUGGCUUUCCCCUCGUCCAUCUGGUUCACGGACUCUGUGGGUGUUGCCGCAAGCUGUCUGCUUUUUAUUUGGAAGAUGUCAAUGAUUAAAUGGCUUUUACAGAA